AUGGGUCGCAAAGUUGAGUCUAAUUGUGGAGACUGCAAAGCAGGUACAAAACAGGAACAUUGCAAGAACUUAGUGAACCCACACGAACUUAAAGAAUCCUAUAAUUUAAGCGCUGAAGGGACCACUCCCGAAAAUAAUCAUGGCAACCCCAAUAAGGAAUCAUCAAAUGAAAUCAAAGUAGAUUCCGCCAAUUUGCUUGCCUUGGAGAAACGUGUAGAGGCUCUGGAGAGUCAUCACAAAUCAUGUUCGGUCGACAUAGCGAAUGUCACUGAAACCAGCGAUUCUCCCACACAAUCCGCAGCACCGUAUAAGUCCAUGCUUAAUCGGCAAGUGCUCGUCUGUAUUGGUGCCAUAGCUCUGUUAAUAAUAUUCAUCGGAAUUCUGUUGUUCAGUGAAGGUAUCAAAAACAAUGAAGUGCCUCGUUCGAACGCGUCAUUGGUAAUUGGUAAAAAUGAAUGGUUUGGAGAGCCUGAGCAAGACAAUCUGGAUAAACUGAAACUACCAAUAAAGCGGGUCAUCAUCGCCCAUGUCGGCAACAAAUGCGAGAACAGGGUUCAAUGCGAUGCUCGAGUGCAAAGCGUGCAAGCCUUCCAUAUACACUCAAAUGGUUGGGGCGAUAUCGGUUAUAAUUUUCUGGUUGGAGGCGAUGGUCUGGUAUACGAAGGACGUGGCUGGUAUAAGCAAGGCGCCCACACCUUCGGCUAUAAUAAGGAUAGCAUCUGUAUUGCAUUCAUCGGCACGUAUAACGUGGAAGUGCCCACAGCAAACGACUUGAAGGCUGCCCAAGUACUCAUCGAUGAGGGUGUGAAGUUAGGUGUGCUCACAGAAGACUACCGAGUUUAUGGAGCACGACAACUAAGUGCCACUGAGAGUCCCGGCAAAGCACUGUAUAGCAUCAUCAUGAAGUGGCCACACUGGAGCAGACACGUUUGAAUAAAUAUUGGCCGUUUUAGAUCAUUCGAUUAAUAUUAUAUUAUCGCUAAUAUCAUAUAUAAUAUUAUAAAUAAAUAUUUAGUUAAAAAAAUAAUUACACUUUUAUAUACUCGUAGACUAUAUAUUCUCUAUAGGUAUUACCUUAUUCUGAUUCCCUUUGCUGAACCAGUAAAAAUGUAAUUGCAGCAGUAGCAGAGAGCGAAAUCGAAGGAGUUUUACAACACUUUUAAGUAUUGGACGUAUUUAGGAUUGAGCUACGGAUCUUCAGAGCGAAAUAUUUAUUUUUUGUUUUUUGACAUCCUCAUUGACACUCAAAUUCACAACAAAAAUACUUUCAAAUUCCUUAUAUAUACAUUUUAAAUUUCCUAAAAUAUAUCGUUUAAGUAACGAAUUUUAGACAGAUUUUGAUAUUUAUGAAAUAGGGGCGGUUUUUUGACGAUUAACAUUUCAAAAGCUGAGAACGAAUGUGAAAUACGAGUUAUACAAUAACAAUAAAAUUUAAAAAUCUUAACAUUAAAACAGGAAAGGAGCACAUGCCAAACAAUGGACGUAACGGAAGCGCAAAUGGAAGAGGGACAACAGAAAGGCAAAGAAAAGUUCAAAAAGAAUCUAAUUUGUCUAGUAAUAUUGAACGCUUUUGUGCCUAUAUUUAUAGUAGUUGUAUCAAUAUUUAAAUAAAUAUAAUUAUAUAGUCAUAUGGAAUGUACUUGGUAUAUACAUACAUA